CUCCGGGCUGCCGGGGACGGGGGCGUGCCAGGAGGCUGCGCUCCGGAGGCUUCUCCCUGCCUUUGCGCCUAAUCCUCACUUGCCGACCGCAGCUACGAGGGUGUUGAAAAGACGACCAUCCUGGCAGCCUCCCUCCGUCUUACGAGUCAAAUCCAGCCCUGAAAUUUGGUUGGAAACCUUGCAUUGGGGGCCUUCAGCCCCACACAUCCCUCCUUCAGCAAGAGGGCGACUCUUCAGACGUGCCCGGCUGCCAAGAUGGUGGAGUCCUCGGGCAGCAGCUCCAGCCGAGUGGGGCAGAGGAAGAGGCCACACCAGCAGUCCCCGCCCGCUGAAGAGAAGAUGAUGAAGGAGCGAGGAGCUCCCCUCGGAGGGGGGCAGGCAAGGGGGCGCAGGCUCUGGGGCCUCCUCCGGAGGGGCUUCCGGCGGGCUGUGGAAAAGAUGAAGAACGAGGAAAUGAAGACCCUCCACCUGAGCCAUGGGCUGCAGCACCAGUGCCGCAUUGUCCUGCCCAGCCCUGUGCGCCACGUGACCUACGACCUGCAGAGAAGGGCCUUCGUGGUGCUGGAUGCAGCCAACACGCUGCACCUAUUGACGGAGGACGGCUGCUGCAGGGACCGCGUGAAGGGCCUGGCCACCAUGACUGGCAUCCUGUAUGCCUCCCACGUCAACCAGUUUGUGGCCUGGUUCACAGGAGGCCUGCAGGUCCUGGACUCCCACUUCCAGCUGCUCUCGCAGGUGCCAUCCGCCCUGCCCAUCCGCUGUGGCAUCUACAGCAAGCAGCUGAACAGGAUCGUGACUGCUGGAGACGGGAACUUGACCCUCUGGAGCUUCCGUUACGGCUCCCGCAGCCUCCAAUGCCGAGCCAGCGUGAGCGCUAGCCUGGGGCCCACUGACCUCUUUGUCCGCCUCGCCUUGGACACGGGCAGCACCAGCGAGCCCCACCGCUGCUUUGCCUCUUGUGCCACCGGUGUGGCCACCUUUGACAUCUCCAGGGGGAAUCUCCUGGCCUUCAGGACAAAGCUCCAUAGCAGAGAGAUCACAGACCUUGCCUAUUGUGAAGCCAUUGGCUGCGUAAUCACAACCUCACGGGACACCACCAUCAAGGUGUGGAACAAGGAGUGGCACAUUCAGAUCGUCUUUGUGGGGCACACCGCUCCAGUCAUUGCUGUGACCAUCUACCCCCACCGCCCCCUCAUCUUCUCUGCCUCCCAAGACGGGACCAUCCGCACCUGGAACCUCAACACCGUUGACCAGGUAGACCAGGUCCACGUCUCGGAGCCCGUGGAGUCCCUGGACACCCACACCAAUUCGCACGUCUUCUCCAUCUCGGGCUGCACCCUCAACCUCUGGAAAAUCAACCAGCUGUACUCGCUCUACACCGUGCUGGGUUCCCCUGCCAGGCGGCUCAGCUGCUUCGACCUGAGGCUGCUGGGCAAUUUCCCUGUUCGCAUCCUCUGCUUAUGCCAGGACUCCACCGUGCAGCUGCUGGAGGCCCAGGGUGGCGCGCCCGUGUCUGUCCUCUCCUUAGACGAGUAUUCCCCGGCUCGGGAGGUGGCCUACUGCUUGCCCCGGGAGACGCUCUUUGUGCUGCUGAAGCAGGGCCACGUGCUGCGUGUCAACGCUGCCACCAGCCUCAUGACGGUGAAGCGGUGCUUCAGCAGCAGCCUCUGGGAAUCCAAGCCCUGCUGCAUCCUCCUCUACAGCCACGUGGUGGAACCGGACAAGGUGUAUGCUACGUGGCUGGAAGUAACCCAGAACCAAGGCUACCGGAGGAAGUGGCAGAAAUCCACCAUCAACAUGCAGGACAGGAACAGAUUCCUGCCAAUUCUGGGGCACAAAAAUGGUUCCCUCAGUGUCAUAGAUUGGUUCUCAGGCCGAGUCCAGUACACCGUGGAGGCGCAUAACCCUGAGCGUGUCACGGCACUGGCUGAGUACACCACGCAGAUAUGUGUCUUGUCAGCAGGUGCUGACCUCACAGUGAAGAUGUGGCGCCUCUUCCCCUACACGGAGGAGAGCCUCCUCCUCCUCCUGUGCUUCUCCUGCACCUCCCCUGCGUGGCACAUGUGCUUCCUUGGAGAGACCCUGGCGGUGGCCUUCCAGGACCCUGAAACGGUCACUUACAGCAUCGUCCACUACAACCUGAUGGAGCAGACGCGCUCUGAGCACAGGCCUGAGGAUGAUGCCCAGGAUGACAUCACAGGACUCUGCUGCUGCCCAAACCUGCAGCUCUUUGCCUCGUCCAGCCGGGACGGGUCGGUGAAGAUCUGGGACCACAAGAACAGGCUGCUCCGGCACCUGAAGCUGAACACCAUCCCGGAGAGCCUGGCCUUCGCCAACCACAAGGGGGACCUGCUGGUGGGCCUGGAGCAGCACCUGUACCUCAUCCCCCACACCAAGUACCUGCCCAGCUACUACCAGAUGCAGCUGCUGUGGGCAAAGUUCCUGGAGCCCCUCCAAGAGGUCUCACUGCCCAUGAGCCCAUCCAGCUUUGAGGCCCUGGUGCAAGAGAACAACCGUCGCUUGAUGCAGGAGCUGCCUGUGAAGGAGUCCGAGUCCAGCGUGUCCGACAUCUUCCAGGUGCCCCUGAAGGAGUCCAGGGAGGUCAGGGAAGCCAAGCUCAAGCUCGAGGGCAUUGCCCAGCUGGCGGAGAGGAACCAGGACCUGCAGCUGCUGCAGGAAGGGAAGAUCAGCUCGGCCAAAAAACGGCCCCUCACCAAAGAGAUGCGGGAGGAGGCCUUCGGGCGCUACCUGGGCUUCUUCUACAAGGAGCAGCUCAACCUGGAGAUUCCUGAAGAGGAUCCCUUCGAUGCCGAUGAAGUGCUGGAAUUCCUGGGCCAGAUGGAUCCCAUCUCUGCCCUCCACGGACCCUCCAUUUCCCACAUGUUCCUGAGGGGCUUCACUAAGCCCAGGAGUCUCAAAAUGAGCAGCUCCCUCUUUGCGGAUAUCAGCCCCUCCCUGCGUUUCACCUCCUCCCUUGCAGUUCCUGGCUCCCUUCAGGUGAAGAGGAAGAAGGUGGAUGCUGGCGCUGCCCCCUCCUCUGCCAGGAUGCAGGAGACCCCCUCCCCGGGGAGGGCUGAAGCUGCCCUGACGCAGGAAGCUCCGGAGACCACCCGGCCCCUUUCAGCAAGAGGCGGCAGGCACGGCUACCAGCCUGACCUGAGAGGGCCCUCGGAGGAGGCGCCCAUGCUUGCAGAGCGCUUGAGCCCAGUUAAAACGUUUGAAGCUCUGGUCUCGGUUAUCCCAGAAACCCCCUCGUCCCCCAGCCCUUCCAGGCGCUUUAAGAGCGAAAAGAGCGUGCUCUUCAGGGGACCGGUCUCAGUGCAGCCGAGCCAGGAGACCCAGACGUCUCUGGCCUCCACCUCGCGUCUGAAGAGCCCUCAACCGUCCGCCAUCGUCAAAGGUUUCUUCCCAGAGAGGCCCAGCAGCCCCCAGGGGUCUCUUGUGGCGCUCAAGAGCCAGCGUCUUCAGCUGCCCAGACUAUCCUCCGGCUUCAUCCCCAACUCCGUGGUCGUCCAGCAGCUUCACACCCUGGACCUGCUGGAGGCGGAGAAGCUCGUGAAGGUGAUCGGACCCAAGAAGGUGUCAGAGAGCUCCUCGAAGGCCAGUUUAAUGUGGACAUUUGAGGAGGAUGAACUGUCCGAGGAAGAACCGUGGAUAGUGGGCCCGGAGACCACCUCCAAGUCCUGGAUCACGCCAGCCAAGGAAGGCGCCCCCUCCACAAAGCAGAGCGUGCCUGGGAUUUUCCUGACUCAGCUGGAUGAGUCCCAGUAUGCAGAACCACAAGUGACGGUGCCGGGAUUUGUCUUGCCCUUUGUGGACCAAGAGUGGUUCCAGAAUCUUUUCCCAGAGGGUGUCCGCCCUGAGAUGCCCCUGAAAGCCUUGGUGAGGAAGCUGCAGGAGGCGCUGCUCACCUCCGACUUCCACACCAAGACGGAAGUGCUGGGCGCCAUCGCCUACUUGGAGGACCAGCUGGAGGACAAGACGAAGAGGUGGAUCCAGUACACCCUGUUUGAAGUGCUGAAUCAGGAAGGCAACACCCCCUCUUUGCAGGAAAAGAGCCAGAAGAAGUUCAUCCUGGCCGCCCUGCGCGUUCUCCUGCACCUGGACAAAGACAGCCUGGACUUGAUGGUGGAGCUGAUGUCCUGUUACCUGCUGGCUCCUCCCUCCAUCCGGGCAGUCUUUAAGGAGAUGUUCAAGGAGUUGGGGCUUCAGGACCCCCACAACUUUUUCUUCAGGGAGAUGAACUCCUGGAUGGUGGGUAUGGAGGACUCCAAAGAGGCUGUGCGGAAACUCAGCAGGGAGUGGUUGGAGGACAAGAUCAGGAUUUUCAAGGAACACAGAGCUCGCCUGUGGGAAGAAGAGGCCACCUCUGGGAUGAAGCUUUCCGUGGACACUGGCCACAAGACCCAGGAAAGGAAGAGGCCGGAGAAGAGCCACAAAAAACCCAGGAAGCCGGCUGGAAAGCCAGCCAAGGCUACCCACAAGGAAGAGACGGAAAGCGAGGAGGAGUGGCGGGGGACGCAGAGCUUGGAAGACCACCAGAAGCCCAUUCGCCCCAUUGAUGCCAUCCAACAUUUUACGGAGCAGCAGCUGGAGAGAGACCUGGAGAAGCUGAAAGAGGCUGUCCCUUUGAGAGCAGAUUCCCCCCGGGACACGGUCUUGGCGUUGCCCCCCCCUCAGAAGAUGAAUCUGCCUGGCCGUAGCCGGAGUGAGAGGGAGGAGGAAUCUCCUGAGAUGGCGCUCUCCUGUCCACCAGGUGGCGAGGGCCAGCGGCUGAGUCACCUGCGCAGCAUAGGCUCCUGGGCUCCGGUCCCUGGCGUCAGUCAGGUUAUCCACUUUUCUAAGCCCGUCACCCUCUUCGGCCGAAACAUCCGGGUAGUGGACUACUGUCUCAACUCUCCUGCUGCUGCCGCCACCACCACGGACCUCAAUUACAUCUCCCGUAUCCACGCGCGGAUAAUCCGGACGGGCGGUGACUAUGUCCUGGUGGAUUCCAGCCUGACGGGCAUGUAUGUCAACGACAUCCGCAUUAAAGGUAGAGUAAAUUUGCGGGAAGGAGAUACGGUCACUUUUGGCCAUCCUGCUGGGAAGAACCUGCUCCUGGGAAGCCACACACGGCAGCCAAAUUCUCCCUUUUAUUUUCUGUUUGAGCAUUGCGAUUGCUGUCCUGAUCAGAUGCAGAGUGUUUAUGAAGACAGAAGAAAUUUCCCUCAGCUGUUAAAACGUCCGGACUUGGUUUCUGCAGGAGUUUCACAUCCGGGCAACCCGAACUUGGCAUUUGCACACAACAUUUCUGGUCCUCAGAUGAGACUACCAGGGGUCCUGCCAGGCCGUGCUCCUCUGGCAAGCUCUGUCACCCAGUGUGCCCACCAGGCUGCUUUGGCCCCAUCACCAAACCCAGCACUUUCUGCCUCUCCCCCAAUUAUGGCUCCACUCCCCACCCCUUCUCAGAAGACCUUGGAGCAAAGGAGGUUUCCUUCCUCAUCUGGUCCUCCACUAAGUGCUCCAUGGAGACAGGCCUCCCGAGUUCACCGUUCUGCUUCACCCGAUUACAUCCUUCCCGAAGAGAACCCUUUUGCGGCCCCCGAGUCUCCUCUUCAGGAAAAUUCAGAAUCCAGCGAUUCCGUUUCUCACAGCAGCAGCAGCAGUGAGAGUGCCAUGGAGUGUGACAGGCCUCAUCCACAGCGGUUGUCUCAACAUGAGGAUGCCGGAAGUGAUCCUGAGAGAGGCUGCGUACAUCCUCUCCUUCCCGGUUCCACCUGUCCAGAGGCUUCUGAAGCGGCUGAUCAGAGUGGCUCCCAAAAAGCAAUUGGGGCCUCUGGACCCUGGGAGGAAAUGCUUCAGCUCACACCUGACUUUCCGACGGAGGCGGGAGGCACUUCUGGUUGUGCACCGUCUGUUUUCGGCCCAGAGUCUCCAGCUCUUAGUGAAAUUGACCAAAUUGAGGAACAGGCCGAGAUUAAUCUGUGCCCAAGUAUGGAAGAAACGGCUUGUGUGGGGGAAUCUUUUGCUUCAGAGCCAGACAGCCCAGCGGAAGAAAUUGAAGGGGUUGAAUUGGCUGGGAGCCGUGCUCAGGCAGUGAGGGGCUCCGUGGAUGACUGCAAAGAGCAGCUCAUGGAGAAACACCCACCAAAGACCUCCUCCUCCUCAACAGAAGGAGUGGAAAGCAGAGCAGUUGCUGCUCUCUCUUCAGAAAUUCAGCCUUCUGAAUUGGGGCACCUUCAGCAACAUGACUCAGCCAAGAGAACGGCUGAGAUCUGCUUGUCUUCUGGGGAAGAACCAAUGAAUGAUUCUUCCACCAAAAUCUUGAGUCAAGAGAAAUUGGACUCCGAGAGGAGAAAUGCACUUUUACCUUCAAGAAGUUCAUCGCAUGGGACCCAGAGUGGUGGUGUGGACUACACAGUAGCUUCUCCAGAAAAGGUUGCAGCCAGUGAAGAUGUGGAAAUGGAACCACCAACAGAUGCUGGCUUAGAGGGCGUAGAUGGCCACCUUGAGCCAGAGAUGAGUUCUGCAAUUCCAGUGUUCGCUGAAGGCGUUUGCAAUAAGGCCAGCACGGUAGACAUGUGUGCAGGAAUGGGGAUGUGGACUGAUGGAGUGAAGCCUUAUGAGAUGGAAGUAGCCACAACAGAGUCUUCCAAGGAUGUGGACCCAAACCAGAGGCCAGGCACUGAUGGUGCUGACUCAAAGGCAGGUGCGGCCAAGGAGAUGAUUCUUCAGAAAUUGUCUCAGACACUGGUCCUUGAUGAGCAAUUCAAGGGUGCAUUCUUCCAAGGAGAAAAGAAGGAUUGGAGUCAAGCUUCUGACACAACAGACGAAAACCUCCAUUCCAAAGACCUACCGGAGACGCGUGAAGGAGGAGGAAGGGCUCUUGGAACAGAUUGGCUGCAAGCAAGACCUCUUUUGAGGGAAAACAUAGUUCUCACAGGGGCCUUAAAAAAUUCAGUUCCUGGACCUCCCGAGAAUUUGGGUGAACUGAUUUCUGAGCAAUGCCUCUUCCAGAGCAGCAAAAUUCUCUUUGAAAAUCAAGUGGGGGAAGGGUCUGAGAUGGAGGAAAAAUUGGAACGUGAGGAUCCCAGAAGUGCUGGAUCCAGCAACAACUCAAAUGAGGUGACAGAUGAUUCCAGGCUACAGGAUGCAGACGAGAUGAGUAAAAGCGGUGAUUCUUUCCUGGGAAUUGUCGAUGUUCCAGUGGUUCCAGUGGUUGGUUUGUCAGGAGGAGAACCACCCAGUUACAGAAGUGGAAGUGAGGGACAACACCAGGGUGAUUCUCAGGAUCCACCAAGCGAGGAAGAAUCGGAGGUGAAGAGAAGCAAAAUUGGCACCUCAGCAGCAGCAGCUGCCAACGAAGAUGCAGCCAACCAGCACCGAGAGGCUGAAGGUGGCCUGCAGAAAGAACCAACAGGCCUUGUAGAGCAGGAGGAAGCAGACUGCGCUGCUGCUGCUGCUGUUGCGGAUGCCUCCCUCACGAGAAGCCCUAGUCCUGAGCCUGCUGAGCGGUCCGCUUUGGGCUCGGCAGGUGGAAAAGGUGAUUCCUCUAGAGAUGGCCUCCAAGAGGGGAGGAUUCCCCACUUAGGUGACUGUUCACUUGUGGGUACACAACUACCUUCUCCGAAAAGCCAAGGUGAAGCAGGAGAGAGAUCGCUGUCUGAUAGUAACCAUCUUUUGGGUUGUCAGUAUGUCACAGAGGAUGAACGGUUUACAAGUCUGAAUGAAGAAGGCCCAGUGAAGGCCACCACAGGAGAAGAGGAGGAGGAAGAGUCAAGGGCCAGUCCUGUGCCAAACAUUCCUUUGGCUGUCACAAAGAGGGAUUUUGAUCCAAGUCCUAUGCAAGUGGGGUUGUUGAAUGUGCCUUGUAGUGCAUUCUCCAGCGGUUCUUCCUAUGCGAUAAACCAGCUACAGUGUCCUUUAGAGGUUGAUCCCCAAGAACUGAAAUCUGAUAUUGUUGAGCCUGAGAAUCUGGAAAAUUGUUUAGAAAUGAAAUCCCAAGGAGCUGAUGUUGGGGGAAAGUUGCUUUAUCUUGAAGACCCUCUUAUACAAGACAGAGCUUCUGAGGAACCAGAAGCUCCUCUUGAACAGAUCAGCCUGCCUAGUCCAGGAGAACCUGGGCAAGAUGUCCUCGUUCCUGAGGAGAGCAGCUGGCCUAAUCAAAUUGCUAAGAAUCCCCUCUGCAUGAAGGCAAGAGGCAGCACUGUGCUACCCCUCCCAAGCGUUGGCCUUCUACAGCCUGGCAACGUUGCUGUCAAUCUCCCAGUGGAGCCAACAGACGACACUGCUGAGGCCCUGCAGUUGCCUGUUGGGGAUGAUGGGCUCCAUUGGCAGAUUCUUGCGUCUGAAGCUGAAAAAGAAGAGAUGGGCCAAUCCUGUCCUUCCAAGACGGAUGGUCUUCACAGAAGAAGGGGCACCUCAUGGUUCGAUCCAGCUGAACAGAGAGCUAAUGCGACCGAGAGCAGGGAAGCAUUUAGGGAACCAACUGAGGAAUCAGCCAACCAAAGACCUCAUGAUCUGGCCAUUCAAGAGGUCAGUGCUGGGCCACUGAAGGGCACGGAGAUGCUGGAGAUGAGUCUGGAAGGACAAAUUUCCUCCCAUCAUGACCAAGGCAGUCGUGUAAGGGCUGCAUUUUCCACAGCAGGGACAGAGGCUGUAGGGCCCUCCCUGUCAUCAAAGAGCCGGAAAAGAGCAUCAGAAGCACCGGAGGAACCAGGUGGGGAGGAAAUGGAGCUUGAUCCUGUCAACUUGGCCGGUCAGCCUGAAAAGUCCCCUUUGGAAUCAGCUUCAGAAUCAGCAGAUGAUGGUAGGGUUGCCUGUAAGGAUCAGGGCUUCAUAGAAAACAGCCGUCAGGGCUUGGUCCAAGAGAGUUGGCCCAAGGCUGGCAGACUUCCUGGGCAACCAGACACGGCAACUGUGGCUCCACCCCUUGGGGAAGCAGUUAAAGAGCUUCCAGGAAGUGAGACGUCCAGCAGUCCCCGUUCAGGAAAAGGGGAAUAUGCUCAGAAGGAUAGGAUGGUGCAUCAAGACAACAGACUGCUGGGCCAAGAAAGUGCGUGCCAGCUGGGCAACGGCCCAGAGGCCUCAGCAGGGUACAGGGGAGGCUUAGGGUGCUCGGAGCCCUACGAGGCCCUUUUGCAGGAAGAAGAGAAAGCGAACAGCUCUUCUCCUAGAAAAAGACUUCAAAACGAGGAGUUAGAUUUGGAAGGCGCUGCCUGCCAUCCAAAGAAGCUCCGCAGGGAGAAUUUUGCUUUAGUUUGGGGCUCUGCGAGUGAUCCAGCGGCAUCUCCUGUGGCGCCUCCUCCUCCUCCUCUGGAGGAGAGCAUUGAGCAAUUAGGCAAAGCGAUAGAGAAGUUCCUUCAUCAGUGUAGAAACCGAAUCCCUCUGUGCUCCGACCCCACGGAAAGAAAUGGAGAUGUUCUUGCUCAGAUGGUGAGAAAUUACUUUAAAAGCAACAUUUACUCCAAUGAACCGGCAACUGAAAACAGGGAAGCAGAAGAGCUUGAAGCUCUGUCUUCAGAAACUGCAGCUGUGAAGGGCAUCGGCUGCCGGUUGGAAGGGGGUGCAGAAGACCCCGGGGAAAUCCCUGGCUGUGACGGGCCCGGCUCUCCUGAAGGUGCAGAAGAGGGUGCCCAAAUCCCCGAAGAUGCGUCUGUGUCCCCUUGGGGCCAGUCAGCCGGGUCUGGCUCUUCCGCCAAAGAAGGCAAAGGCUUAGGGAACCCCAGGCAGGAGGAUGUCUACUACUUUAAGGAGGAGCCCUUCCCCAUGGAAGUGGACUCGGCGCUGGGGGACUCGGACAGCAGCUUUCCUGCUGAGUCGCCAAAAGCGGAACCCCUGGAGGGGCCUUUGGAAAGGGACCCAGACACCUCUUCGCCUUUGGACAUCGCUGCUAGUUCUCAAAGCUACGAACCUUCUCCCAGUCCACGCUGGAGCAAUUCAGACCACGUGCUGGACGGUGCCUCUGAAGGCUCUGGCACCCUCUCGGAAACCGAGUGGCAUUCUCCCUCUGAUGCAGACUGUUACAAUGAAGACUCGGGGACACCUCCGGACACGGCCAGGCUGUGGCAGGAAGACAGCCAGGCUGCCCCAAGGGACAGCCGGCCAGAGUCUGUCCGUCCCCUCGGUCCCUCUGAGCAGGAGGCUCCCGACCGUUGGCUGCAGCGUGGAGAACCGGGCGGAGGAGAUGAACCUGAUGGCUUUGCCUGCCGAGAGGAUUCUGGGAAGGCCACGGAGGAGAAGGCAGCUGAGGGCGAUCGGAGGGGGAUCCUGGCCGAAGGAAGCAUUUUCCCACAAGGCGGCCUCGGAGGCCCCCCUGGCCAAGAUAAUAUGAAAAGUGCCCCGAGCGAGCCAUUCCCCCAGUCUCCGUGGGAAUCCAGCAGCCAAAUAUUUCUGCAGUCAAGUGUGGGUCGUUGUGAUCCCCCACUGAAAACAGAGCUGACUGAUGAAGAAUCUGAUGACCAAGAUUGCAGGAGAAACGCGUCUCCUCCUCCGUCAGGAAGAAGCCCUGUGGCCUCUGCACAGGCGGGUGACAAUCCUGAGGAGGGCCCUUCCACCCCUCACCCCGAUACAACUCCUGCCGAGGGGUCCACUUUGCUCCUGGUGAAGGAAGAACCUGUGCAGGAAGAUGAGCCCGCUCUCUGCCCCUCCAAGGCUGUCGAGAGGGGCUCUCCUCUUGGGAAGGACUUUGGCAGGUCUGAGCGUGGGGCAGGACAGGCUGCCUCCUGGGAAGCCUCGUGGAUCCCAGGCACAUCUGGUUGUUUCCCAGCCACCGACGCCUGCGGUGAUCGAGGACCUCGCAGUGCCUUGCCGUUGCAGGGUGAUGGAUCCCUCCUGGCACGGAGUCCCUUGGCAGAUAGAAGGCUCCACUCUCAGGCGUUCCAGGAAGAAAAUAACCAGCUUUGGCCUCUCCUCUCUUAUCCCAUGUCUUCUCCGCCACCUCCCUCGGUCUGCCGGCAUUUGCACGUCCCCAAAACCUCCGCAGACGAGCAGCGCGAAGGACCUUGGCACCUGGCAGACUUUGGAGGCAGAGAGCCUGCCAUUCCCUGUCAGUCGGAGGAGGCAGGGCUGGCUGAGCCUUCGGAUGCAGAGUGCCUGCGCGUGGCAGCCGCUGUGUCAGGUCCUGCACCACCCGAGUUCAAGGAAAGGGUCUCCCUCUUCAGAGACCCUCCUGCUCGGACAGAGUCCCACAGCAGCAGCUGCCUCUGUGAAAGAGCGGAGAGCCGCAGCCUGACUGAGUGGGCCUCCUCCGAGCAAGACGUUGCCUUCCAGCUGCAGGAGUGCCAGUCGGUGCUGGCAGAAAUCCUCCAGGCCUUGAGUUCAGUAGAAGGUGUUGACAACGCCCACGUUGAGAAGUGGAGGGACCAGAUUGCCGUCCUCCAGAAGGCAACCAAGAUGCCCCAGACCCACAUAGCCGUGGUAGGGAAUACGGGGGCCGGCAAGAGCUGCUUGCUCAAUGCCCUGCUGGACGAGGAGGCCAUGCUGCCCACCUCGGCCAUGAGAGCCUGCACCGCGGUGGUCGUGGAGAUCUCCAGGGCUGCAGAGGGCAGCCCAUAUGAAGCCGAAGUGGAGUUCCUCUCCCGGGAGGAGUGGAAUAAGGAGCUGGAGGCCCUCCUGGAGGACAUGAAGGACAAAGCCGGCAUUCUGAAGAAACGCUGCCCGGAUCGCAAGACGGAAGCUGGGGCUGCCUACAGCCGGGUGAAGGCUGUCUACGGGAGAGUGGACGAGCUGGAGAAGCUGGAGGACAAGGAGGGGGUGACCCAACAUCUCGGAACGGUCAAACACAUUUGUGCCGAGACGGCUGCAGACUUCCGUAUGAAGAUUGAGAAAUUUAUCGAUUCUCGUACCGACAAUUUGCGUGAGAUGAAAGGUGGGGAGUUUUGGCCCAUUGUGAAGUGUGUGAGGAUCCGUGUGGCCAAGGCUGAGGUUCUUAGGACAGGAGCUGUGCUGGUGGACCUGCCUGGGACCCGAGACUCCAACGCGGCCCGGGACACGACAGCCCGAGAGUACCUGAAGGACUGCCAUGCCGUGUGGGUGACCGCCAGCAUCACACGAGCCGUGGACGACAAGACGGCCAAGGAGCUGCUGAGCGCCAACUUCCGCCGGCAGCUGUUUAUGGACGGCCUCUACGGGAGCCUGGCCUUCGUCUGCACCAAGACCGACAGUUUUAGCAUCACAGACAUUGUCAGGGACCUCAACUUACAAGAUAAGAUUCGUCCCCUAGAAGAGGAGUUGCAAGAGCUGGAACAUCAGAGAACUCAAGCGGAAAUAGAGAAGAAGCACCUUUACGCACAGCUGCAGCAGCAACAGCCUUUGAGAAGGGGAAGUGCGGCCGGAGAUUCCAUCUGGCUUCAAAGACAUGACAUCCUGGAGAAGGAGUUCAAAAUCUGUGCCUUGCAGAGGGAGAAGGAUGCCAGGCUGCGUGCCAUCAGCCUGAUCUGCGUUCAGGCCCGGAAUGAAUUUUCCAAGCAGCGGAUUUUGAUGGAUUUCAGUGCUGGUCUGCAGGAAGUGUCCAGGAGAGCCGAGGGCGAAGAAGAUGGUGAAGAAGAGAUGGAAGAGGGGGACUCGGCUGGAGAGCAGCCUGUCAGUCUGGAGGUUUUCACAGUCAGCUCUACGGAGUAUCUCAAACUUGGUGGGAAGCUGCUCUGCAAUGGUCAACCUCAAGUUUUCCAUGACGUGAAAGACACAGAGAUUCCUGCGUUGAAGAAAUUUGCGAUGGACACAGCGCUGAAGCACAGCAUGGUGGCAACAGAGAAGGUCAUCCGGGACGUGGCUCGUGUCCUAAGCCAAAUGGUGAAUUAUCUCAACAGCCAGAGAACAGAGGCUGCUGCCCACCAGGCCCAGGUGCAGGAGAUGCUGCAGCAGGCCUUGCAGGGCCUCCCUGCCCUCCUCCAGGGGGUCCUCACUGCCAGCUCUCAGGACCUCCGGCAUGCCUUUGAGGCCCUCAUCCUGGGCAGCCUGCAGAAUGGCGCUGAGAAGGCCAAGCAACUCUCCGAGGUCAUUGUCAAAGGCUGGGGCUCACCGAUGUUUGGCUACCCCCACGUGACCUAUCGGGCGAUCUGCAACCACCGUGGCGUUUACACCUCUCCCAGGUACCAGUCUGUGGAUUUCAACAAAGAACUGGCUGACCCCAUCCUCAAGGUCAUCUCUGUGGCCUGGAACGAGGUCUUUAGCUCCAAGCUGGUCAGCUCCAUCGAGGCCUUCAUGGCUGCCCUCCUGGACCAGCUGAGUUCCUUCUUCAGAGGCCUCAAGAAGAAACUGCACCCACAUGGUCCGGUCGCCAAAGCCCUGCGUGCGAUUUACACUCAGCAGAUGGAAGCCGCUCGAGCACGGUUGCUCAAUUUUACCCUGGAUCAGAUGAGUUCCAUUACGAGAAAGCAACGGACCGUCUCCCGGCUCUUGAUACCAACGAUUCAGGCCAGCAUGGAACCAGCCUAUGCAGCCUGCUCCCAACUCUCUGGCCCGGGGUAUUUCCGAAGAAUGAAAGAGGAGAUGGAGCAGUUCAUCCACCAGCAGAAGGAUGCCAUCUUCGAUUCGGCUGUGGAGAAGAUGCGGCAGCAACUGGACCUCGUCCAGCUGUCCAUCUGCUGCAGCUUACAGACUGUGGCCCAGGAGCUGACCACGUCCAUCGGGAUGCAAUUUGAGCCGCUGCUGAAGCCGGUCCAGAAGAACAAGGAGCUCCUUCCAGAACUUCAGCAUCUCUGUGCUAAAGUGGACAAGAUUUGCCAGCGCUCGGGCGUGGAUUACGUGCUUCCCACGGCCCCGCAGCCAGAGGAGCAGCCUCCCGGAACGGAGGCCAAACCGCCGGGAAGUGGGGAUUGCAUCAGCUUUCCGGCCACAUCCAUGGAUGUCCGAGUCGGAGGACUCUCUCUUCCCCGCCUCACGGCCAUUGAGCAGAGCCCAAAAACUGCUGAGCCACCUGAAUCCCAAGUGCCUUCGGCUCCUGAGCCCAUCAUAGCCAUUGGUGCUGGGCAGCAGCCGCACCCCUCUCUUCUUCCCUGACACCCCUAUGGCAGGAAGAGAGCAGGGGAGGCGGUCCUGCCACAGUUGGAGAAGAAGGCCAAGCUUCAGCCCCUGGGGCCUGCCGGCUACCCUUGGCUGCCGUGCAGCCAGAGUGCAGAAAUGAAGCCCACGUCCUCUUCCGCAGCCCUCCUGGGGAGCUGCAGCCCACAAGGAGCCUUCCGUCCAGACAGCCCUCCGUGCCCGAUGGCUGAGAACCCUGACGGUGAGCCACUGGCAGUGCCCUGUUCUGCAGCAGGUCUCUGGGUCGGAGCCAGCCAGGGAGGAUGCAGGAAGCCUCCAAGCGUCACCGUGAAGGAAGAAGAGGCGAAUCUCCCACCCCAGAAGACCCGGCUCUCCCGUUUGCUUUGAGAUGUAACUCUUCCGCCUCUGCACACACACAGGCACCGCUCAAGCCAGGGGAAGGGUCGGAGCCCCCUCCCCUCAUGUGGUGUUCUGGCUGCCAAAAACCUAUUUCUGUGCAGAACUGCCUGUGCAGAAGCCACGUGGCCUUCCUUCCUCUCCUCCUCCCUUCUCUUCGGAGCUUUGGCCUUGAAAUGCAGCUCUUCAAGGGCUCCCUGACUUCCUAGGAGCAUCCAGUGCUUCUCCUGGGCAAAAGUAGGGGGACGAUCCCCAUCACUGGGAGCUUAACUGGGGAGAGCUAGAGACGGAUGGCAUUGGGGGGGUGUUGCCUGCCAAUGGUUACAAGCAAGGGAAGUGGGCUUUGAAGCCACAGCCCUGUCUCCUGUCCACAGCUGCUGAAGGAGGAGAGGAAAUUCUUAACAUUGCCGGGCAAUGUUCUGCGAAUUGUCCAUUCCAUUGGAUUCUCUACAGUUCUGUGUAUUUUGAAGAUAAGUUAAAUAUAAGUGAGCUUCCAAUUCCCAGAAUUCCCCAGCCAGCAUGCAUUGAAGUCCACACCUUCAAGUUGACCACGUAUCUUAAACUGCCGUGGUUGAGAAAUACUAAUCCAGAUUAUGGUGAUGGUACUUACAGUUGAAAGGAGGGGAAAGUUCUUCUGUGCAAGACAAGACAAGUAGAAAUCAUUUUUUCCCUGUAAGCAAUUGGGGAAGGUUUUUCCUCUGCUGGUGGGCUUCCAGUAUUCAUUGGCCUACAGUGGAUUUCUUCAGUAGCUCUUGCUAUUUUGUUCUGAUAGCUGUGGUAGUUGUUUCAGUAUUCAUCUUUAUUAGGGUAACUACAAUUCUAUUUUUAAAAAACUACAACGUUGUUUCUAAAAAUCAAUAAUAGUAAAGGGAAGGACUGUAAACCUAUAAAUGGUAUAAAUAAUAGAAUAAUAAAACAACUUGCUGGA